AUGGAGAAACACACAACAAUUACAUGGGACGGUUUCAUUUUAGACAUGUUCCGUAUUCCUUCAUACAUGAACGACACGUACGACAACACAAAACUUAAACAACCCAUACUUUUUGUUCACGGGACCGCCCGAGAUGCAAGAUGCUGGCUUCUAAUGGGAUCUAAGUCUUCAGUUUUCUAUUAUGCUUCAAAAUGUUAUGAUGUUUGGCUAGCGAACACCAGAGGUACUGCCUUCUGCAAACACGCAUCAAUAAAGCCUUACAGUAAAACAUAUUGGGACUUUAGCUUCCACGAACAAGCCACCAGAGAUAUUCCAGCAAAGUUGGACCUGAUUGCUAAUGUUACUGGACAAGCGGGGAAUAUAAUAUACAUGGGGCAUUCAAUGGGUACAACCAUGGCGUUCGUUUAUUGCUCUGUUAAUGUCACCCACUGCAGGAAUAAUUUGAGGGCAAUUAUUGCGCUGGGGCCAAUUGCAAAUCUUAAUAAAAUUAAGGUGCCUUUUUUCCAUUUCUUCGCACGCACCAACGAAAUUUUUCAGGAAUUUCUGCCAGUCAUGGUUGCGAAAGGAGGCGCACCUCUUUCUGUAAGAAAUACAGUGCACUAUAAUCAAAUUAUCAACAGGAAAGGUCGAUUUGCUUGGUACGACUAUGGUCCUUCAAAAAACUUGCUUGUAUACAACUCUAAACUACCACCGUUGUAUAAUGUGAGCAAAAUUCCUGUGAACGUCGAUUUAUUCUACUGCAAUGACGAUUUAUUUGCUAGUAAAGAGGUCGAUUUGUACUCGUCAGCCGACAGACAGAUCGGAGCGAAGGACCCAGACAUAUGUACUGCAGGAUAA